GAGCUGCCGAGAUUCGGGAGGACGCGCUGGGCCUGUUGAGCUAGACGUCCAAGCGCGUCGGAGAGUUCAGUCAUGUCUAUACAAGCGGUGAUGCGCGCCCUGCGCAAGAACAAGACCCUUCGCUACGGAGUCCCCAUGCUGGUGCUGAUUGUUGGAGGUUCUUUUGGUCUUCGUGAGUUUUCACAAAUCCGCUACGAUGCUGUGAAAAUUAAAAUUGAUCCUGAAUUAGAAAAAAAGCUGAAAAUGAAUAAAGUGUCAUUGGAAUCAGAGUAUGAGAAAAUAAAGGAUUCCACUUUUGAUGACUGGAAGAAUAUUCGAGGACCCAGGCCUUGGGAAGAUCCUGACCUCCUCCAAGGACGAAAUCCAGAAAUCCUUAAGACUAAGACUAAGACAACCUAAGUGGAUUCUUUCUUUCUUUUUUUCUUUUUGACAAAAAUGCCAUCCACUGGAAUUCUUGCUACAUAUUCAGUGGGAAGAAAAUCUAAGACCUGCAGAAGCCUGGAUGCGAGCAAUGUGAUGACAGAUACUUUUGAUAAAAGUCAAAGUAACAUCACACAGUGAUUUUAUGUCAAACCUAUGUAGAAAAAUAAUACUGAUCACAGCCUGAUAAGAGUUUUGGUUUUGCUUAUAAUACUACUAAUCAGUCUCCAAAGUCUUAACCUGAUGAUUGCAUUGAUACCAUUAGAACAUGUUAAGAAAAUACCUCUCCAGACUGAGAGAAAAUAUUUGUCGACCACAUAUCUGCUAAAAGACUCAUAUCUAGAAUAUAUAAAGAGCUCCAAAAACUCAAUUGUAAAAAAGCAAACAAUCCAAUCAGAAAAUGGUCAAAAGACAUAAAGUGACAUUUCACUGAAGAGGGUAUAUGAAUGGCAAACAGGCACCUGAAAAGAAUGAUUGACAUCACUAGUCAUUAGGGAAAUACAAAUUUAGACUACACUGAGAAAUCACUACACAUUUAUUAGAACAGCUAAAAUAAAAAAGGGACAAUUCCAAAUGCUGGCAAAGAUGUGGAGAAACUAGGUCUCAAACACAUUGCUGGUAUAAUGUAAAAUGGUACAAGUGGUCUGGAAAAUUCUUUGGCAGUUUCUUUAAAAACUGCAUAGGGGACUUCAGUUUCCGGUCCAACAGAUAGCAACCUUGGAAGUCACACCUCCCAUCCUCACACAAAGGAUAAGCUGAAAAAACUGAAAAUCAACAACUAUUCUUUGAUCCAUGAGAGAAUUGAGGACACAGAACAAAACCACCACUGGAAAAUUUGAGACACGCAAAUACAGAGGAUCACAGGUUACCUGGAGGAGAAACCACCUGGAAGCCACAUCAGAUCCCGUGAGGCCAGGAGAUUCCAGGCUGGGCGAAUCGCCUCGGCCGCCUCAGCUACUUGUGUCCUCUGUGUGCAGAGUUGGCUCCCCAAGGACCUGCGGACGCCUUCACCGCAUCAGAACCACGUAAACCCUGCACUCCACAACCAGGAGUCCUAACAAAGCACAGAUGAGAAAAUCUUCCACAUCUGGUGUUCUGAGGAGCUGCCAACCAGCUGGGCUCUACUCCCUUUCUACAGCUAUUCCCUCUGCCUUCAUGCUUUGUGCUCCGCUUUCUCCUAUUUUUUUCUCACCUCCCUUUUCUUGCCAACGUAAACCUUGACACCAGAAACCAGGGCUCCUGAGCAUCAGAUGCCUGCAGGCAGUAAUAAUCAAAGCUUCCUGCUGGGCCGUUGCACCUGCUGCUUCACAAACAUCCUGCUCCCCACAGACACAUGUACACAUACCCAGACAUACAUGGUGGGCACCUGAGUGGGGAAGGACCAUCUGGGACAGUGGCCCUGGCAGGUAGCUCUGAGGUCUGCCCUCAGCAGCAUGAGUCACCAGUCCAUGUCAUCGCCGAGGAGCAUGUUUAGUCCUGUGCCAUAAAGGGAUGAUGUCCUUGCACAUCACCUUUUCCUUGAUCUAGAGAAUUUCUUCUGGGCAAAUCAAGUUUUCCUCAGGCAUUGAGGAACAAGAAAAGAAACUCCCAAAUCCUACACUGGACACCGUGUGUGAGAAAACCCCACUUUCGGAAAUCCCAGCUCUUCACCAACAAAGGCCCAGCAGGGAGGUUCUUCAGGCUUGUUUGGUGAUUUUUGUGGGAAGGGCCUGGGCGAGCAGACUAAGUAUAUUGGGAAGCACACAGGGAAAACAUCUUGAAAAAGUGGUGUAAAGGUGUCCACUCCUAAGCAGGUCCUUGGACUUUACAAUAUUGUGAAGGCCCCAAGGGCAGCCUUCUGUCCCCUAUCUGCUUCCUUCCUUUCCCAUUAAGGAAAUCAAGAAGCACCACAGUUGUCUUGUUCCCUCUUUCCCCCUUUUCCUUUGCUUAUUGCUUUUACCAUGAUCUUUCUCUUAAGUUCUGGUAUGUAAAGAUCAGAGAAGCCCAUAGAUAGCCAAGUGCCAAUCCAUGCACUCAGGCCACAGUUGGCCCCAGAAAAUAACAUCUGCUCUUUGCUAGAAAAAAAUCUAGACGCUUCAUCAGUUUAUGCCAGCUAAAAGCCUCCGUUUCUCCUACAAUUGAUGUAGGGCCUGCAUUUAUUAAGGUGUCAGAAUAAGAGAAUGUGAAAUUUUCUCAAAAGAUCACCCAUCUUUGAAUAAGAUCCUUAUUUUACAGAAGAGGAAUAUGAAGCCAGAGGAAAAGAGACGAGUUGCCCAAGGUCACCCAGGUGAUUUAGUAGAUGAUUCUGGGCUGAACUUUAGUUAUCCUGACUACCAAUUGAACAAACCCUCCUGUUCACUCGCAGUUCAAAGGGUCGGGUAGGGACCAUUAUUUUUUUCUAAAGGUCAUAAAGCCUGCAUAUCUCCAUUUGUGACUAUGUGUGAGGAUACAAGCUCCUGAGAGCAGGGACACUGUUUUUGACAUUUGUAACAGUGCUAGGUGAACACAUGCUAAAAAUUGUUUAUUCAAUGAAGAAUGUUAAAACAGGCUCCACUUGGUAUAGUUCAGGCUCCUCUAGUGGGCAGCACAGAGCCAGAAGCUUUAAAACAGCUCAGUUCUUUGGCUCAGUCCAGCUGCUGCUUCUUCCAAACCAAGGGAGAAAGUGUUUUUGAACGAACGAAGUGUGCCACAGAACUCCUUCACAGCACCAACUUGAUAAAGGGACCGGCAGAGAAGACUUUUAUUAAAAUCACUUACAUCAUCAUUCGUUCAUUGAACACUUAUGAAGCACUUGCCAUACACUAGAGACUUGUAUAGAUGUUGGAGAUUCAAACAGUAGUACUCUCCUCUUUUCAUGUUGCUUAUAUCCUUACAUGCGUUGAUCCUUGAACAAUAUGGGUUUGAACUGUGUGGGUCCACUUCUAUGCUGAUUUUUUACAGUACAGUACUGUAAAUAUUUUCUCAUGACUUUCUUAACAUUUUCUUUAUUGUAAGAAUGCAGUGUAUAAUACACAUAUAAAAUAUGCGUUAAUUGACUUUAUGUUAUUGGUAAGGCUUCCAGUCAACAGUAGGCUAUUGAUAGUUCAGUUUUUUUGUGGGGGAGGGGUGGCAAAAGUUACAUGCAGAUUUUCAACUACAUGGGGUCAGCACCCCUAGCCCCCGUGUUGUUCAAAGGUCAGCUGCAUAGUGAAGGCACUCUUUAUACAUUAAAAAUAAUAGACUGUGAUGAGUACUUUGUGAUAUAUAUGAGUCCCAGGUGCUGAGGAGGGAUUAAUUCAACACUGCCUGUGGCGUCUAGAGGCUUCCUGAACCUGGUUUCCCUGGAGGUGCACUUUGUAGUUGUGGAAGUUCACAGAAUACUCAGGGAAUGCUGUCUCCUCUAGACGGAGUAUGGAGUAAAUAGGAGAUACAGGCAGGAAGGCAGCCUUUGACCUCAAAGUUGUAGUACAAAAGGCUUGAUUGAUAUUUCUUGCUAAGAAAAUCAGAAUGAACACUGCAGGCAAGGGCAGAAGAAUCCCACCAUCUUUUGUAUCUUAAAUAACGUUCAGCAUUGUCAAAGAUGGACUUGAAAAUCACAAUGAAGUUUCUUUCCUCUCCCCCACCCCAUAUUUGACCCUGUAGUCCUGUGAACAUGAGUGUUACUGGAGCAGCCCUAAAAGCAGGAGUUCAGGACUUUCUCCUCUGGUGACCACUUAAGGGCUACUUUAAUAGGUGGGAAGAUAAAGGGUUAAACCAGGGACCUUUCAGUGGCAAAACAGAAGCAAGGACAGAGGGAAGAUUUCAGGGAUAGCCUGGGAAAUGUUAUUCCGUGCCACUUGCGCUCUAUUAUGUCAUCUCAAACAGUACUUGAUAGGUGAGGCUUUCUCUGACACCCUGGCAAAUGGGACACGUGGGGGCUGCUUCCUAAGCUACCGAAAGCACAUGUUCGUGUGCCUGUUGGACUGCCAGCCUUGGUAUCUUCUCAUCGCUGUUCCGUUGGCCUUCCGAUGACCCACAGAAAGGUGUGCGGGAGGGUUACUGAAGGAGAAAACAGACACUCAUAGGUGACUGGAUUACAGCCAUCUGGCAGUAAAAGCACUACCACCGAAAGCUCAAUGAUAGCAAGAUACUACACGGAUUACCAUUCGAUCUAACCUUUCAUAGCACUUAAAAAUUUUUACUUUUUAAAUGAAGCCGGCAAGCUCUCCAUCCCACAAGUAUCCACGGAGGCUAUGUGCAAGGGAGUGUUCUAAGAAUUAGCCUGGGGUAUGUUAAGUAUCCUUUCCAGAUCAGUUUGAACGCGACAGCGAACCCAAUUCAGGUCUCUAAAUCCCAAUUGCGGGCCAAGGCGCCGGAACCAAAGCGUUGCCGCUUCAUUUCCGGGCGGAGGCGCCAGUUUGUGGCGAGGGAUCGAUUGCUUUCGCCUGGCGGGGGUCGGUCCGGAGAAGACGGCGAGCUCGGCGGCUGCGGGCCGGCCUGACGGUGUACGGCGUCCUCGUCGCGGAGGAGCCCGAGCUGCUGAGAUCCGGUAGGCGCGCUGAGCCCGCGUCGGACGGCUCGGUCGUGUUUGCACACGCGCUGGUGCGAGGCCCCUUGUUGGUGAUGGAGGUGGCGAGCAACAACAACAAAAAGGAGUUCUUUAUGGCGAAGUCAGACCAUCCUAGGCCUCUUGAGAGUUACUCCUUCCUUUUUGGAAUGAAUGCCCUGUGGGCAGGAUGGCUGAAAACCAGAGGAUAGUCCCUGCAGAGUCCUCUGCUUCUGAAGAAACACUCUUAUUAUGAAAGCUGUAUCGAAGCAGGUCCUGACCGAUUAUUCCCUGCAUGCGAGGCUGCUCUGAUGCUUGCCUGGAAAGAGGAUAGUAAAGGGGCAGGAGAUCAUUGCAAACAGAUCACUGAACAGCUGCCAUCUACCCAGAUUGCAGUGCAGAUAUCAGUCUGCCCUGGUCUUGGGCCACCACAGUGCCGAUGUGAUGGAUUCAUGAAUGGAGUAGCCAUGGUGGACAGAUGAAGGCUCCGCCUGGACAGAGAAGCAUGGCGUCCCUCAUCAAAGCUGACCUUGCUACUGCUCCCACCCUCCCUGUCAGCCACGGAGACGGAUUCCGGACCCUUUUAGUGUGUGAAUCUUUGAGGAGUCACUUAGUGAUUACGUGAGACCCUUUCCACCCUGGAGAGGGCAGCAAUUCAUUUUGACUAAGAUUGAGAUGUUUUCUAAGUGUGCGUUUACCUUUCCUGCCUGUUACCAACUUGGUCAGCGCCUCUAUUGAUUCAAGGACUCACAGAGUAUCUGAUUUACUGACAUGGGAUCUCCCACAUACUGGCACUUCAGAUCAAAGGGCUGGAUUUAUGAAAAAAAUGUGGUUCUGCAGUGGGUACAUGUCUCUGUGAUUCACUGAUCCCGCUACAUCCCACAUCAUUGCUAAGCUGCUAGCCUGAAAGAGCAAUGGAAUGGCCUCAAAGAGACACAGCCGAAGCAACCGUUUGAAGGUGAUGUCUUACAAAGGUAUUCCUUCAGGAUACAGUAUACGUAUAUGUUAAAGCAGAGGUUGGCGAACUGGUUCAGAGGCCAAAUCGGGCUUGCUACUGUUUUACAAACAUGAUGUCAUUGGGACACAAGCACACUCAUCAUUUAUAUAUUGUCUGUGGCUUCUGUUAAGCUACGUCGGCAGAGUUAAGUAGUCAGGUCAGAGACUGUAUGGUCCACAAAGUCUAAAAUAUGUACCGACUGGCACUUUAAAGAAAAGGUUUGCCAUUUUCCCCUUAAAUCAGUGAUAGCUGUAUGGUUCUGUGUUACUGCUGGGAACCAAGGACUGGGAAGGAUCGCUCUGUUCCAGCAACCCACUUGGGAAACUUUUGCUUCCAGUUUCUGAAACUUUAGGGCUCUUCAGUUGAAGAACUAGAGGUCCUGGUUUCUAGAAAGGGAACACUUCCAAUAAGGGAAACAUUAAUAGUUCCACUAAACUUAAGGUAUUGGCUGCCACUGGUCAUUUUAUGCUCAUUGUGCCAGUAGACCAGCAAGAGGAGAAAAGAGUUACCAUACUUGAAGGGGUAAUUGAAUUUGAUAUUCAUGGGAAGGCAAGGUUACUGCUACAUACUGGUAGCAGGGAAGAUUUAUAUGUAGCACUCAUGUGAGCCACUCUUGGUAAUCCAGACCUUGUAAAUUGGCAAGCAGAGCUUAACUGUGGCCAGACAACAGCAUGGUAACCAAAGUCUCAGACCCCUCAGGUAACAGUACCACACAGGAAGCCACCUAGACCAGCAGAAAUGCAAGCACAGGGCGAGGGGAAUGUAGACUGGCUAGUAAAGAAAGGAAUCAUCCUUGUCAGUUCUGACCUCAGGACUGACGGCAGCUGUGGAGGCUAUAGUUUAUCCCACUAACUUCUCUUUUAAGUUUUCAUAGAAAUUGUAAUCAACCAGAAUCCUGGAGAAGUUGCCAAAGAAUGGAGUGAACCUAAUGUGUAAAGCAAGUGGACCUGAGUGGUUCAAGGGGUGGAGCACAGCAGACAAUGUUGGUGCUGUGUCCAGACGUCCUGAGUUUGCUUUCGUUGGCUUGGUGUACGCAUUCUCCUCCAGCUGCUUCAUGCGACGCUACUAAUGCACUUGCAACAUUUUCAAGAGGCUUGCCUUUGGUAGAUUGGAACAACAUCACCAGGAGGUGUCUGGAAGUUAUGCAUUACUUAUCCCUGUUACAGCCUGCAAACAGUGACUGCCUAAUGCCUGUUAUGGAGAUACAGAAACCUCACUCCCCUGCUAAGGUGGGAAAGACUGUGGUGUGCUGUGUGCAUCAGAGCUCCUGGAGAUGUGGGGCUGAGGCUAGACCCAGCUGAAACCACAGUCUUGCUUUGCUUCUUCCGUUCGCUUCUGCUGCUGCCCCUCCUUCCUUACAGGUUUUCCCUUUUUCUUCUCUUGCACAGUUAUAAAUUUGGACCUUAAAAGAUACUGUUGAUAUGCGGAUUCGUCUGAAACAGGCAUCCAGGGGCAUGUGUUUGGCCCCAAAUUUCUUAUGUAAUUAUGUAAUUUCUCUCUUAAUAAAAUACUUGAUUAUA